AUGGAAUCGCUGCUCCAGUCGGCCAUUCCAGAUCGUGGCGCAGCCGCAGCGGCGCAAGGCAGGAAGCCACAGAGUGUGAGGCCACCCGAGCCCGUCCCGAUUGAGGGACAACUCGCCAAUCUAGUCAUCAAUGAGACCGGGUCGGAAAAAUAUAUCGGCGUGGCUUCUGGAUUGUCUAUCCUUUCACCGCGAGGCCUGGCCUGGAUCGAGAAGAAGACUGGGUCGAACAGAAUGAGAGGAGUCUUGCUGAAAUUCCAGCGUAAUGGGAUUUUAUGGCCCUCAUCCAGACUCGGCGACCAAUGGAAUGAGGUGACAUCCGUCAAACACAACCUCCCGUCGAAGGAAGCUGCCAUCCACCUCGUCAAUCAUUACUUUGACUUUUUCAAUGUUUCAUUCCCGCUUAUCGACCGGCAAAAGUUUUGGGUAUACUUUGAACGACAGUAUAAUGGGGGGGACGGCUCCUUGAAAAAGUCCUGGUUUGCCUUGUUUAACGCGGUGCUCUCCAUCGGAUGUAUUACGGCCACAGAUUUGGUGUCGACGAAUGUGCUCAUCUGCGAUCCUUACAAUUCCACCAAUAUGCCGGAGAUGGCUACCAAGUUCUUACAGAACGCUUGUUCUGUCCUGUUGAAUGUCUUCUUCGCGGAUCCAGAUCUCAUGGCGGUGCAGGCGAUGAUCGCAAUGGUAGCCAUUCUCAUUUUCAUCCUCACCAUGCUGGGAGUCAUUGUGCUAACCGUUGGCCAGGCCUUCGUCAUGCAAGCCAUUAUGAACCCCGAGGGGGCUUUCACUAUCAUAGGCACUGCCGCACGACUUGCUACUACUCUAGGUCUGCACCAGUGGCUUGAGGGGUUUGGUUUAUCGAAGGCCGAUCUCGAACAGCGCCAACGAGUGUUCUGGGUCCUGUACAUUCUCGAAAAGGACCUGUCUUUCCGGAUCGGUCGGCCUUCUGCCAUCGAUGACAACGACAUCCAGCUCGAAGCCGCCUUGAGUCGAGUGUACAACGACCUGGCGAUCCCCGUAUCUUUCAAGACCAAGGACAAUCGCAAGUUCUAUGCGUUUAAGAGCAUGUGCGGUCUGGCUGUCAUCCAGAGCAAGACCUACCGCCAACUCUACCGCACCGAUGCACGCGGAAAGACCGCGAGCGAGCGACUCAAGUCGAUUGGCAACCUUGACGCAGAGCUUCAGGAAUGGAAGGAUCAAUUCCCAGAGGAGAUCCGGCCCGAACAUCGCAUACAGUGCGUCCUUGAAACCCGGUUUCCCAUCAUUGUCCUUCACUGUGGAUAUUAUCACUGUCUAGCGGCCAUCCAUCGUGCGAAUGCCAUCCAAGAGCUAUGGACCGCCGAAGCGGAAAUGGUCGAUGAUGAUGAUUCCGCCGAGUCCGCGAGUCCCUCCGAUAGAGCGUGGGCGAAUACUCGAAUUCAAUCGUCGCACGCGCUCUGUCUAGCUUCAGCCCGGUCCGUCCUAUAUCUCUCGAUCGAGUAUCUGGAUAGCUACAGUGACCCGCACAACAGCUUGAUUUGGGUCGCCCCCUACUUCCCCAUCAUGGCGUUUCUCUUCCUGUUCACAAACAUUUUGCAGAAUCCGCUGGAUCCGAGGGCGGACGACGACCAGGCAUUGAUGGAGGGAAUCCUCAAUCGGCUAAGUAGGACGACAAUCACCGACGACGUGGCCGUGGUGAUAUUCAUCAGUGACAUUAUUGGUGAAAUCCUCGUCAUCGUACGAGAUCACGUCAAGAACGCAAGGGCAAGGUUGGCUGCAGCGCCCACGGAACAGUAUGGUAAAGGGGGACCUCAGCCUUCGGGUGUGGCACAACAACCUCGCUCCUAUAUGCACAACGCGCCGGCUGGUGGAAGUCCCUUGUCCACCCCUAGCCAGACAACUUCGCAGCACUUCUACACCAACGGACAAACAGACCCGGCACCUGUUCAAGAGGGGCUCUUCGAACCGCCGCAAUUCUAUGGGUCCUUUUCAACUCAACCCCCAUUUGCAAAUCCGAAUGUUCCUUCUUCCAUCGAUGUUGCUGCGAAUCCCGGUCAGCCCUCCUCGCAACCCCCAAGCACAGACGAUCCCUUCUACAUGUGGCAGUAUGGCGAAUGGGGUUGGACCAGUUGA